GAGCAGCCGCUGGACAAGGGUACGGUGGACAUGUCCGACAACCCGCACAAGGACCACUACUACAUUGACGGCAAGAUAUACGAUUUCUCCGAUUGGCAGAAGAUCCACCCAGGCGGAGACGUGUUCUUCAGGUGCUCCUUCCAGCGCGACAUCUCCGCGCUGGUCCACGCCUACCACAGGAACCCGGACGCGCUCAAGCCCAUCCUUGAGAAGUACGAGGUGGAGCUCGAGGGCGUGCAGCCCCGGGACGUGCUCGCCAAGGGCAUGAACGCUCCGCGGCUGCGCCGGGGGGCAGUGCAGGCCCGCGCCUCCAAGGAUUCCGAGGAGGGGCAGGCCGCCAGGACCGCUCGCGAGGCCGCUGGCGCGCCCAGGCCGCGGGUCGCCCACUCCGCGGUGGUCGCGCUCCUGGCGGCGGCCGCGGGCGGCCUCGGGGGGGCGGAGCUGCUGGGCUUCGAGGCGCCGCUGCUGGGGGGCUGCCCGGACUGCCCCGAGGUGCCAGCCUGCCCGGCCUUGCCCCAGCUGCCCAGAGCCGGCGGCGAGCGGGCCAGGCUGCCUGGAGCAGGCCCGUGGCCAGGCGCGGGCCCGCCGAAGGCCAGCCCCCCCGCGAUGUCGCUGCUGAUGUUCGAGGGCGGCGGGGCGUGGUGGAGUGACCUGAAGCCAAGUCAGACUAUCGGGAUUCAAUAUCGUGGCGAUGAUGUCGACCACGAACGCUUGCGGUUGCACCCGUGCACCAAGGAUAGAGACGUCUGGUACAUCGCCACCCCAGAUCUCGACGAGUACCCAGAGGCCGGGACGAUCGGCCCGGACGCCGACAUCAUCAAAGCCUAUCCGCUGCCCGACGACGGGAGCAAGCCGGCGUGGCUCAAAAGGAACCUGUACCGGUUCCGUGUCUACCCCGACCGCGACGAGCUGGCCGCCAUGAUCUGGCGCGGCUACCAGGCGGCCGUGGCGUACGACCCGACCGCGGAGACCGCCCCGCCGGCGCUGAAGGAUGCGCUGCUGCCGACGGGCGAGGAGGUCGCCAUCGAGGAGCUCAUCCCCAGCUGGCCCGAGCCUGCGCGCCGGAGGCGGGGCAAGCAGAGUGCGACUGCUGGGGUUGGCAGUGCUGGCCCCCGUCUGCCGCCGCCUGCUGAUGCCCCGUCCUCCAGGCGGAUGGACGCCGAGCAGCCGCCGCCGGGCCUCCGUUGGCACGCGAUGGGCUACGGCGACACGCUCUCGCCCGGCGACGAGGCCGCCCUGCAGGGGCAGACCUUCGUCGCGGCUGGAGAUGGCGAUGCGCUGGUGCUGGAUGGGUCCAACUACGCGCACUGCCGGCUGGCCCCCUCGGGCGGCCCUCCGAGGGGCUCCCUGGGGCUCGAGACGGACGACGCGGCUGCAAAGAAGGAUGACGACCCUGCUGCCGACAGUCGAACAUUUGGGGUCGACUACGAUAACCAGGGGGGGCGUUUCAAAGCAUGGCGAGACGUGACCCGAGAGAGCACUCAAGAGACGUUCGCGGACACGCCCCUCGAGGGUCCAGGCGCGACCCUGUUCCUGUGCAAGCACUUCGACCGGCAUGGUGGUGAUCCUCAGCAGCGGCUCCUUCUGUGGCUGCGGGGGCGCAAGAUAGAUGGCUCAGAUCGCACGUGUCACGAGAUGAAGGUCCUCUGCGAUGUGCUCUACUUCGCGGGGCUGCAUGAUCAUGUGAAUGUCGGAGCCUUCGCCUCGCUGGAGACGCUCAGCCGACGGCUGUGCAUGGGCUGCAUGGGCACUGGCACGCCGGACAACCCAGUCAGCCCGGCGCUGCAGUCGUUCGCGGCGCGCCGCGCCAUGGAUCGGGCCGACGUGAUCGCGGCCCUCGGCCAGGGCGGCUCGCGGGGCUCCGCGGCAGCCCGACGGCCGGGGCCGAGGGCGCCGAGGCCGGCGACGCCGCUGCCGGCGGCGGAGGGCGAGGAGGACGUGGAGGACGCGGCGGCGGAGGGCGCGACGGCGGCGGCUGCGGCAAGCGCGGGCUCGCACCCGCCGCCGCCGAGCUGGAGACCUGGCUCCGCGAACCUCGCGGCUUUCAACGCGGACCUGGUGUCCUUGCCCGACGGCGUCGCGGGCCCCCCCCCAAUCGAGUCGCUUUUGGGCGCCGAGGUCUCUCGGCAUUUGGGGGCCCAUCAUGCGCUGAUGCUGCGACCCUUGACUGAGUUGGAGAAUAUUGAAUAUGAGGCGCGAGAGAUCACACUUUACACUGACAGGAAGCUGCAUUACAACAAAACAGCAUACCAUGGCUUCGUGAAGAGUCUCUGGGACCUCGGCAUGCUCGGCGCGACUCUCCAGCCGCGGGAGAAGGCCUUCGCUAGCAUUGAAAUCGGCGACGGCGACGCGUCGAGCUCGGCGGGCCCCAGGCUGCACCUGGGCAUGGCGGGCGCGAAGGACAGCUUCCACCGCCUCAAGGCCCCUGCCUGGCUCAGGCCCUUCUUUGCCCGGCCAGAGGCGCCUGCGCGGGCGGUGGGACUGAGCGAGCUGGGCGGCGCCGGGCUCAGGCCCACCGACGUGGCGUGGUCCACCUCGGCCCCUAUGUGCACGGGCUUCGCGCGGUCGUUGUCCUUCGCCCAGAAGGCCGAUGGGCGGCUGGCGUCCGUCGCGCCCAGACUGCGCGGAUCUGAGCUUCUGCAUGGCCGGUCGCCUCCGCCGGCGCUGUCUGAGGGCCGCCCUCGGCACUGCGUGUGCGUGGACAACCUGGGCGCCGUCUCCACCGACCUGGGCGUCGCGGAGCGCGCCGCCCGGGAGGGGGGGGCGGACUUCGCCGCCCACGGGCUGGAGCUGCACGGCGGCGAAGUGCUGAGCAGGGGCAUCCGCGCCCUCGGCUGA